AUGAUGGAAUUUAUAUAAUUAUAGAAAAUAUUGAAACAAAAUAUACCAAAAAUCGUUAAAAUAUAAGCCCUGUUUAGAGGCCAUAAAGCUAGAAAGAUACUGAAGAACUAAGAGAUCAAAUAAUAGUUACUUUUUGAUGACCCAGGGAUUGAAUUUAAGGAAGAGGUAGUAUUUGAAAAUGGUGCUGUUUACAGAGGGUAAAUGCUAGAAAAUAACAGACAUGGGUAUGGAGUGUAGAUCUGGCCAGAUGGGGCAAAGUAUGAAGGUUAUUGGAAAGAAAAUAAAGCUCAUGGAAGAGGAAAGUUUUGGCAUGCAGAUGGCGAUGUAUUUGAUGGGGAAUGGAGAGAUGAUAAGGCUCACGGUUACGGUGUUUACACUCAUGUGAAUGGGGCUAAAUACGAUGGUCAAUGGAUGAAUGACAUGCAACACGGCAAAGGAGUAGAGACUUGGGCAGAUGGGUCUAAAUAUGAUGGGUAGUACUAUGAAGGAAUGAAGCACGGCUAGGGAUAUUAUAUCUGGGCAGAUGGCUCUGAAUAUAAAGGUGAUUGGUUUUAGAAUCAAAUUUAAGGCUUUGGUGUAUAUAAAUGGCCUGAUGGUAGAGCAUAUGAAGGAGAUUGGCUUGCUAAUAAUAUGCACGGAAAAGGUUUAUAUACCUGGAAAGAUGGAAGAGUCUAUAAGGGAGACUAUCUAAAUGAUAAGAAACAUGGAAUGGGAACGUAUACCUGGACAGAUGGUCGCAGAUAUGUUGGGCAGUGGGAAAACGGCAAAUAAAACGGUGAAGGCAAAUAUCUACUUCCAAAUGGAGUUGAAAGAGAGGGAUUCUGGCAAGAUGGAAAGAGAAUCAGUUGGAAAGAUGAGACGAAAUAACCUACUCCUCCUAAGAUGAAAUGA